CCAUCAACAACAUCACCAACACACAAUGGGUAGAGGUCCAAAGAAGCAUCUUAAGAGAUUGGCAGCACCAUCCCACUGGAUGCUCGACAAGUUGAGCGGUGUCUACGCUCCACGUCCAUCCGCUGGUCCACACAAGCUUAGAGAGUCCUUGCCAUUGAUUGUCUUCUUGCGUAACCGUCUCAAAUAUGCUUUGAACGGUCGUGAGGUCAAGGCUAUCUUGAUGCAAAGACACGUUAAGGUUGACAACAAGGUCAGAACUGACGCCACUUUCCCAACUGGUUUCAUGGAUGUCAUCUCCUUGGAGGCCACCAACGAGAACUUCAGAUUGGUCUACGAUGUCAAGGGUAGAUUUGCUGUCCACAGAAUCACCGAUGAUGAAGCUUCUUACAAGCUUGCUAAGGUCAAGAAGGUUCAGUUGGGUAAGAGAGGUAUCCCAUACGUUGUUACCCACGACGGUAGAACUAUCCGUUACCCAGACCCAAACAUCAAGGUUAACGACACCGUUAAGAUUGACUUGACCACUGGUAAGAUCUUUGACUUCAUCAAGUUCGACACCGGUAAGUUGGUCUACGUCACUGGUGGUCGUAACUUGGGUCGUAUUGGUACCAUCGUUCACCGUGAGCGUCACGAGGGUGGUUUCGAUUUGGUUCACAUCAAGGAUUCUCUUGAGAACACCUUCGUCACCAGAUUGUCCAACGUUUUCGUCAUCGGUGAGACUGGUAAGCCAUGGAUCUCCUUGCCAAAGGGUAAGGGUGUCAAGCUCAGUAUCUCUGAGGAACGUGACAGAAGAAGAGCUCAACAAGGUUACUAAAUUUUUCAAUUUUAAAAGUUUUCUGAGGUUUUUUUGUUGAAGAUUGGAGAGUUGUAACAUAAGAGAAGAGUGUGUUGUCAUGAAAUAAGAGAACAAGACACUGUUUUCUUGAUGUUUUAUUGUUGCAUCAUUUUGUUAAUGAUAAUGCAACUGGUUGGGUGAAGUGAAACCAGGUGUGUUGUAUAUUUUUGUUUAGGUUCUAACUACAAAUAGAAUCGAUCAUCUUUCGGAAGCAAGCCU